AACAAAAAGAAACACAAAAAAAGCUUAUAACAAGUGAAAGGUUAUCAAUGGAGAGAGCUGUUAAGGUGUGCUUGGUUUUGGUGGUCUCUGUGGUGGUUUCCGCGGCGGCGCAGAGCGCUUCCAACGUGAGGGCUACAUAUCAUCUGUAUAAUCCUCAGAAUAUCAACUGGGAUUUGAGGGCGGCGAGCGCCUACUGCGCCACCUGGGAUGCAAACAAGCCGUUGGAGUGGCGGAAGAAAUAUGGGUGGACUGCCUUUUGUGGCCCCGCGGGAGCUCAUGGCCAGCCAUCUUGUGGCAAGUGUCUAAGGGUUAAAAAUAGGGAUGGCGGAGCCCAACAAACGGUGAGGAUCGUUGAUCAAUGUGCCAACGGAGGGCUGGAUUUGGACGUGAACGUGUUUAAACGUUUGGAUACUAACGGGCAGGGAUACGCUAAGGGGCACCUCAUGGUUGACUACCAAUUCGUCUCCUGUUAAAACCACUCAAAUACAAAUAUUCUCAUGCCAUUAACAACCCAUUUCGGAUCCGCAGGUCUAGAAGUCAAUAAUUAUGUUGUAGAAUAAAAGGGGAUGAGCUUUUUGUGACGAUUUAAUUUGUAUCAAAAAGUAAUCCCGUAUUGUGUUGUGAUAUAUACAUAGAAUAAAAGGCAAUGAGAAGUAACCCGGCCCCGUAUUGUGCUAAAGAAUAAAAGGCUGAGCUUUUGUGACGA